AAGGAGUUGAGCCUUCCAAGAAGAGGCAGCUUUUGUCGGACAAGUAACCGCAAGAGCUUGAUUGUGACCUCUAGCACAUCACCUACACUACCACGGCCACACUCACCACUCCAUGGCUUCACAGGUAACAGUCCUUUGGACAGCCCCCGGAAUUUCUCUCCAAAUGCACCUGCUCAUUUUUCCUUUGUUCCUGCCCGUAGCCAUGGCCACAGAGCAGACAGGACUGAUGGACGGCGCUGGUCUUUGGCCUCUUUGCCUUCUUCAGGUUAUGGAACCAACACUCCUAGCUCCACCGUCUCGUCAUCGUGCUCCUCACAGGAAAAGCUGCAUCAGUUACCCUUUCAGCCUACAGCUGAUGAGCUGCACUUUUUGACAAAGCAUUUCAGCACAGAGAGUGUACCAGAUGAGGAGGGACGGCAGUCCCCAGCCAUGCGGCCCCGCUCCCGCAGCCUCAGUCCUGGACGGCCCCCAGUGUCCUUUGACAGUGAAAUAAUAAUGAUGAAUCAUGUGUACAAAGAAAGAUUCCCAAAGGCCACUGCACAAAUGGAAGAGCGACUGGCAGAGUUCAUUUCCUCCAACACUCCAGACAACGUGUUGCCCUUGGCAGACGGGACCCUGAGCUUUAUCCAUCAUCAGGUGAUUGAGAUGGCUCGAAACUGCCUGGAUAAAUCUCGAAGUGGCCUUAUUACAUCACACUACUUCUAUGAGCUUCAAGAGAAUUUAGAGAAACUUCUGCAAGAUGCUCAUGAGCGCUCAGAGAGCUCAGAGGUGGCUUUUGUGAUACAGCUGGUAAAAAAGCUGAUGAUUGUCAUUGCCCGCCCAGCUCGUCUCCUAGAAUGCCUGGAGUUUGACCCUGAAGAGUUCUACCACCUGUUAGAAGCAGCUGAGGGCCAUGCCAAAGAGGGACAAGGGAUUAAAUGUGACAUUCCCCGCUACAUCGUUAGCCAACUGGGCCUCACACGGGAUCCCCUGGAGGAAAUGGCCCAGUUGAGCAGCUAUGACAGCCCUGAUACUCCAGAGACAGAUGAUUCAGUUGAGGGCCGUGGGGCAUCUCUGCCAUCUAAAAAGACACCCUCUGAGGAGGACUUUGAAACCAUUAAGCUCAUCAGCAAUGGCGCCUAUGGGGCUGUAUUUCUGGUGCGGCAUAAGUCCACCCGGCAGCGCUUUGCCAUGAAGAAGAUCAACAAACAGAACCUGAUCCUACGGAACCAAAUCCAGCAGGCCUUCGUGGAGCGUGACAUACUGACUUUCGCUGAGAACCCCUUUGUGGUCAGCAUGUUCUGUUCCUUUGAGACCAAGCGUCACUUGUGCAUGGUGAUGGAGUAUGUUGAAGGGGGAGACUGUGCAACCCUGCUGAAGAACAUUGGGGCCCUGCCUGUGGACAUGGCGCGUCUGUACUUUGCGGAAACUGUGCUGGCCCUGGAGUACUUACACAACUAUGGCAUCGUUCACCGUGACCUCAAGCCUGACAACCUCCUGAUUACGUCCAUGGGGCAUAUCAAGCUCACUGACUUUGGACUUUCUAAAAUUGGCCUCAUGAGUCUGACAACAAACUUGUACGAGGGCCACAUUGAAAAGGAUGCUCGGGAGUUCCUGGACAAGCAGGUAUGCGGGACCCCAGAGUACAUUGCACCUGAGGUGAUCCUGCGUCAGGGCUAUGGGAAGCCAGUGGACUGGUGGGCCAUGGGCAUAAUCCUGUAUGAGUUCCUGGUGGGUUGCGUCCCUUUCUUUGGAGACACUCCAGAGGAGCUCUUUGGACAAGUGAUCAGUGAUGAAAUUGUGUGGCCUGAGGGUGAUGAUGCACUGCCUCCAGACGCCCAGGACCUCACCUCCAAACUGCUCCACCAGAACCCUCUGGAGAGACUGGGUACAGGCAGUGCCUAUGAGGUGAAGCAGCACCCAUUCUUUAUGGGUCUGGACUGGACAGGACUUCUUCGCCAGAAGGCUGAAUUUAUUCCUCAACUGGAGUCGGAAGAUGAUACCAGCUACUUUGACACCCGCUCAGAGCGAUACCACCAUGUGGACUCGGAGGACGAGGAGGAAGUGAGCGAGGAUGGCUACCUUGAGAUCCGGCAGUUCUCUUCCUGCUCUCCAAGGUUCAGCAAGGUGUACAGUAGCAUGGAGCGGCUCUCACUGCUUGAGGAGCGUCAGACACCGCACUCCACCAAGCGCAGCCUCAGUGAGGAGAAGGACCGCUCCGAUGGCCUGCCAGGGCUGAAGGGCCGAGACCGGAGCUGGGUCAUUGGCUCCCCUGAGAUAUUGCGGAAGCGGCUGUCAGUGUCUGAGUCAUCCCACACAGAGAGUGACUCCAGCCCUCCAAUGACAGUGCGACGCCGUUGCUCAGGCCUCCUAGAUAUGCCUCGAUUCCCUGAGGGCCCUGAGGAGACCAGCAGCAUGCCCAGGAGGCAGCAGCAGGAGGGUAUAUGGCUCCUGACACCCUCAUCUGGAGAGGGGGUGUCUGGUCCUGUCCCAGAGCGGCCAGUGGAGCAGCGGCUGAAGCUGUAUGAGGAACCUGUUGGCCAGAGUGGUGGUUCCAGUCCAGCCAUGGAGACCCAAGGCCAUGGGACCCCACAGCUGGCCGAGGGAGCUGCAGCCAAGGCCAUCAGCGACCUGGCUGUGCGUAGGGCCCGCCACCGGCUGCUCUCUGGGGACUCUAUAGAGAAACGCACUGCUCGCCCUGUCAACAAAGUGAUCAAGUCCGCCUCAGCCACAGCCCUCUCCCUCCUCAUUCCUGCGGAACACCACACCUGCUCUCCAUUGGCCAGCCCAAUGUCCCCACAUUCCCAGUCGUCCAACCCGUCAUCCAGGGACUCUUCCCCAAGCAGGGACUUCUUGCCAGCCCUCGGCAGCUUGAGGCCUCCCAUCAUCAUCCACCGAGCUGGCAAGAAGUAUGGCUUCACCCUGCGGGCCAUUCGCGUCUACAUGGGUGACUCAGAUGUCUACACUGUGCACCACAUGGUGUGGCACGUGGAGGAUGGAGGUCCUGCCAGUGAGGCAGGGCUUCGUCAGGGAGACCUCAUCACCCAUGUGAACGGAGAACCUGUGCAUGGGCUGGUGCACACGGAGGUGGUGGAGCUGAUCCUGAAGAGUGGAAACAAGGUGUCUAUUUCAACAACUCCUCUGGAGAAUACAUCCAUUAAAGUGGGUCCAGCUCGGAAGGGCAGCUACAAGGCCAAGAUGGCCCGAAGAAGCAAGCGGAGCCGGGGCAAGGAUGGGCAAGAAAGCAGAAAAAGGAGCUCCCUGUUCCGGAAGAUCACAAAGCAGGCAUCCCUGCUCCACACCAGCCGCAGCCUUUCUUCCCUUAACCGCUCCUUGUCAUCAGGGGAGAGUGGGCCAGGCUCUCCCACACACAGCCACAGCCUUUCUCCCCGAUCUCCCACUCAGGGCUACCGGGUGACCCCCGAUGCUGUGCAUUCAGUGGGGGGAAACUCAUCACAGAGCAGCUCCCCCAGCUCCAGUGUGCCCAGUUCCCCUGCAAGCUCUGGGCACACACGGCCCAGCUCUCUACAUGGUCUGGCACCCAAGCUCCAGCGUCAGUACCGCUCUCCACGGCGCAAGUCAGCAGGCAGCAUCCCACUGUCACCACUGGCCCAUACCCCUUCACCACCACCACCGGCAGCUUCACCUCAGCGUUCCCCAUCGCCCCUCUCUGGCCACGGAACCCAGGCCUUUCCCACCAAGUUUCACUUGUCGCCUCCCCUAGGCAGGCAACUCUCACGACCCAAGAGUGCAGAGCCACCCCGCUCACCACUACUUAAAAGAGUACAGUCAGCUGAGAAACUGGCGGCUGCACUUGCUGCUUCGGAAAAGAAGCUAGCCCCUUCUCGCAAGCAUAGCCUUGACCUGCCUCACUCUGAGCUAAAGAAGGAACUACCACCUAGGGAAGUCAGCCCUCUGGAGGUAGUUGGGACCAGGGGUGUGUUAUCUGGGAAGGGGGCACUGCCAGGGAAGGGGGUGCUGCAGCCUGCUUCAUCAUGGGCCCUAGGUACACUCCGGCAGGACCGAGCUGAACGACGAGAGUCACUGCAGAAGCAAGAAGCUAUCCGGGAGGUAGACUCCUCAGAGGAUGACACCGAUGAGGGGGCUGAGAACAGCCAGGGUGUACGGGAGCCAGGCUUGGCACGUAAGCCAGAAAUGAGCCAGAAUCCACCCUCCAGAGGAGCAGGAGAGGGUGGGGGAGAAGAUACCUUCUUGCCCAAAGACCCCAGGAGCCAAGGCCCAGUGGCCCUGGGCCUAUUGACAGAGAUCACCCUGGGACCUCCCAAAAUAGACGGUCCUGGUGUCCCCCAGAAGAAGCUUGGGAGCCCACAAGCUUUUGAGGAGGCUGUUAGCUCCUCUUCACCUGCCCCUAGCUUGGGUAGGUCUGGACCCACAGACCCCACCGCCCCUGAAGGCUGCUGGAAGACCCAGCACCUCCACACCCAGGCACUGACAGCACUUUGUCCCGGCUCUUCAGGACUCAUACCCCCCAGUUGCUCUGCUGCUGCCUCCACCUCGGGGAAGCCAGGCACAUGGUCCUGGAAAUUCCUUAUUGAGGGUCCGGACAGAGCAUCCCCAAGCAGAAAGGCAACAAAGGCAGGUGGGCUAGCUAACCCCCAGGAUUUGGAAACCACAACUCCAGCCUACUCUAAGAACCUGUCUCCCAGGCAGGAGGGAAAAUAUUGGCAAUCCAGUGCCCCUGGGCUGGCCCAUCCACCUUGUGAGGUUUCCAGCCAAAGCUGGCUAUGGGAGCCUGAACAUGCACAAGUAGAGAAAGAGGAGACAUCCCUGAGCAUCACCGAAGUGCCGGAUGCCUCAGGUGACAGAAGACAGGAUCUUGCAUACAGAGGCUGCUCGCUAACCCAGGAGCCCUGCCUGCUCUGGAGGGGCCGAGAACCAGGGGGCCAUCAAAAGCAUCAGGACUUGGCAUUGGCACCAGACGAGCUUUUAAAGCAAGCAUAGUAGUCAUUUGCCAUUUUUUGCACUCAAACCUGUGUAAUACACGCUCCUGGAAACCGUC